UCUGCUCCUAAGUCUGCCCCGGGCGAGAAGUCUUCGGCUCCUGGCGGGAAGUCGUCCGCUCCGUUCUCUUUGGCUGUGAACUCCGCUACUAAUCAAAUAGACCAGAUCCUCCCGAGUAUAAGAAUCUUUGGCUGUGAACUCCGCUACCAAUCAAACAGCUCUGAGUCUCCGGGCGAGAAUUCUUGGGCUCCUGGAGCAGUGGGGAAGUCGUCCGCUCCGUUGUCUUCGGCUCCAGCCUUGCGUGCAGGAAUUUUCUAUCCUAUUUCUCAGGUCCAGGACCCUUCCCGACAAGUGGGGAAAAGCACUCAAGGGGGAGAACUGGGACUCUCUGCUGCCAGUUCUAAGGAUGUGGCCAAGCCUCAGAAGAAUGAGGGAUCCCGUAAACGUCAUCAAGUAUCGAAAACUAACAGCUCCACUGCUGAUAAGGUGAAGCACCGAAAUUCUAGCGUGGACGGUAGGUCUGUUGACCAGUUGCGAGCCCGGUAUAAAAAAUUGAGGGCAAGGCUUCCAAACGACUUGCUAGAUGGGAAUGCUCUAGAGGUUGGGGUGGCUAUCAGGAGGAUUGGUAAAAAAAUAGUUAAACUGCUAAAAAAGGUGGCUCGGAUUGGCAAAGUUGGUGGGGGAAGCCCUGCUAAGCAGAAAGGUAUAUCUGAUUUGUUCCCCAUUAAUGCUGCGAAUGCUGGUCCUGAUAGAAACAGCAAGGCCUUGAAGAACUUCAAUGUCGAUCAGCAUAAGGGACGCAAAAAUAAUCAUAGUUGGGGCGCUAGAGAAACAAUGACGCUCCUAAAGGUUGUAUGCGGAGUCUGUCUUCGCCAUGGAAGAUUAAAGAAUUGGCCUUCCAUAAAAAGACAGAUGAAAUCUGACAGAAGCGAACACACGAUCAGGUUGAAGUUCCAGUCACUGGCAGAAGAAGCCAUGAAACCUUUGGAAAAGCGAAAUAGAACAGUAAGGCUUCCAAAUCAGGAACAAUGGGAUAAAUUGGCUGUCGCCAUGUAUUACAUCUAUGGGAAUGGGUCCAAGACCAUUCAAGCAUUGGAAGAUUUGGAUGAUGCCUUGCAAGUGAUCAUAGCAGCUGGCAAAGAUUAUAUGAAUGCGAUUGCUCAAGGGGUGAUAAGUUUUACUUCUGAAGAGGAGAUAGGAUCUCAUGAUAGCUCAUUGAACAAGUCUGGAAAUGAGGAAUCGUCCAAGGAUAUAGAGCCUCCUGGUCAGUCUCGAGAGGCCACUAAGGCUGAAAGAGCCAAACGACUGAUGACUCCUCUGGGGAAAGCAUCUGGUGCUCCACUGUUCCAAGGUAUUGUGAUUCAUCCUGCUCCUUUGGAUGGGCGGCAAUCACCCCUACAGGCUUCCGAGGAAGAUACCAUGUCUGAUGAUGGAGUGUACUAUUCUCGACACGAGGUGUCAUCUAAGGAAGAUACGGAGACUCCUAUUCAGUAUCAAGAGAGAGGAGUUGGGUGCUCUUCUACUUUGGAUGGGCGUGAACUGGCCCUCCAGGCUUCCGCUGCAGAUACGAGUUCUGUUCUUUUGGCUUCGAGUGACUCGGAAGUUGUUUCUUGGACUGUUGAGGAAUUGUCUAGCCUCAUCAACUGCAUUGAUAUAUGUUACCCAAACUGGUCGCAAGUGAAAGCGUACAUGAGCACAGAAAGAUCCCCCCAGUGUAUUAAGCAUGCUUGGAAAGAGUUGGUGGAAUCGGAGAAGUUGCAAAAUCCUGGCGCUGACUGGGAGUUUCAUGGCCUGAAGCUUGGCAGUGCUCUGCUCAAUAAGAUGAUUACAGCACACGAAACUGUAACUAUGCUGGAAGCAGCAGCAGUUAGGAAAUGAAGGUAUCUUGUUUGUACAAUCUCAAUAUUUUGCUGUAAUUGUUGACAUUCUGCCAGUGUUGAGUGAAUGCUGGGUUUAGAGGAACUUGUUUGUUGCUUCCUCUUCCUAUCUGCGAUUGUUGAGUGAACGCUGCAAUUGUUGAGUGAAGGUUGGGUUUAGGGACUGGUUUGUAGCUUCCUUUUUCCAAUCUGCCAUUGUUGAGUGAAUGUUGGGUUCAGGAACUGGUUUGUAGCUUCCUCUUCCUAUCUGCCAUUGUCGAGUGAAUGCUGCAAUUGUUGAGUGAAUG